GAUUUCUAUAAUUGGCCUGAUGAAUCCUUUGAUGAAAUGGACAGUACCCUUGCUGUUCAGCAGUAUAUCCAACAGAACAUAAGGGCGGAUUGCUCUAAUAUCGACAGAAUCCUUGAGCCGCCUGAAGGCCAAGACGAAGGUGUGUGGAAGUAUGAGCACCUAAGGCAGUUCUGCCUUGAGCUAAAUGGACUUGCUGUUAAACUUCAGAGUGAAUGCCAUCCAGAUACUUGCACUCAGAUGACAGCAACUGAACAGUGGAUUUUUCUUUGUGCUGCUCAUAAAACUCCAAAAGAGUGCCCCGCCAUCGACUACACCAGACACACACUGGACGGCGCUGCCUGCCUGCUCAACAGCAACAAAUACUUUCCCAGCAGGGUUAGCAUAAAAGAAUCAUCUGUAGCAAAACUAGGAUCCGUAUGUCGUAGGAUUUACAGAAUAUUUUCACAUGCUUAUUUUCAUCACCGGCAGAUAUUUGAUGAAUAUGAAAAUGAAACAUUUUUGUGUCAUCGGUUUACUAAAUUUGUGAUGAAAUAUAAUUUGAUGUCCAAGGAUAACUUGAUUGUACCAAUUUUAGAAGAGGAAGUUCAGAAUUCAGUUUCUGGGGAGAGUGAAGCAUGAAGGGAAUGGGAGAAAUGUACUGCUCACGUAAUUAACUUUAAUUAUGUUCUGUACAUACAUCAUUUUAGACACAUCAAUCAUGUAUCCAUGGUCCAGCUUCUUUGUUUAGGGUAGGGUUUGUAUGCUGUGUGUUACCUUUUAAAUGGGAAAUACUUAAGUUAUUCUUGAGCUGUAUAUUCACUGGUGUGGCACUCAUGGUUUUUAAAUAAGAUUAGUAUUAUCUGUUUAUAAUGCCUGUUAAUAAAAGAAUUUACAGUUUGGUAAAAUUGCUGCUAAACAAUCAUUGGAUCACAAUCCUCAUCAAAUAAACCUAUCUGUAAAAAAGAUGAAUUGAAAUCAAGAUUUUGCACAAGCCAUUUACUAAAGUGGUAGUAAAGUUAUCCUUUGGUUUUCCCCGAGCUUAGAGACAUUAGAAAGUUUGGUAGUGUGUAGUUCAUCUUAACUGUUAACUUUUCCAGAAUGAGGUAAAGGUGUUCUAAAAGUUCUGUGGAUGGUUUUUAAGAUGCAUAUAUGAUUAUAAGUAUACCCGAAUAUCGAUACAGACAAGGCAUUAGUGAUACUUAAGCCACCCAUCUCUGAUCCAUGAACUGUGUUCUAGGCCAGCAUACUUGGAAGGACGUGCCUCUCACAGCAGUGGAUUGCUACGCCGUGACGGUAACAGAUGGGCGUGUACAGGGUGCUUUUGCCCUCUCUGCCCUCUCCUGUCCUCCCCUCCCCAGACUUCUUCAGGGACAGAAGAGUCUCACCAGGCUGUCAUUUACGGGGAGCUUAUUCCUAUUUAUACUGUAUUAAUUGCUUACAGAUGAUACCUCAUCCUCGCAAUUGUAGAACACUAAAGGAAAGUUGUGUCGACAUGGGCUCUUGUUUCUCUUUGUUUUGGGAAAUUGUUCUAAGUCUGUAGAAAACAGGCCUUACCGUAGUUGAGUCUUCUUGUUAUAAUACUAAUCUUUUCAUCUAACCCUAGGUGGCAUUAAGUAGAGAUGAAAUACUGUAGUAUUUAUUUUGUGUCCCUUCCCCCAAAGUUCUAUGCUUGAAUUAUGCUCCUGUGUGGGGUUAUUUACAGUAAUUUGCAGGUGUCAGUGGUGUUGGCGAAUGCUCAUAUAUUUUUUGGACUUGUUAUAAUUCAGUGUCUUGAGAAGAAUUCAAGUAGAGAUUUACAAUCUAAAAAUCUACUGGAUGAACGAAGCUUUUCUGAAGCGCGCUAGAGGUCUUAGUGCCGAACCAGUUGUGAAGGCACGAAGAUGGGGUAAAAAAGUUGUACACGUAGUGAAGAAAACAUUCAAAGCUGUCUCUUGACCAGAUCUAACAAACUCGAGGAGUACUUCCUUCCCACUCUAAAGCUGUAUUGACACGAAGACGAAGUGCGUCCAUCCCGAUUGCUUGCCGGUUGAGGAGCUCUGUGGGCGUGUGCGGUGGGCCCUGCUGUCCCUCAGGGAGCUCUGGCGUUGCCAGGGUGAGUGUCCUGUCGCCUUUUGCCCCGGAUGUGCCUGACUGAGGGAUGUGCGGGCACUGGGGAGCUGGCCAAGGUGCUGAAGCACAGUUUGCGUCUAAAGCCGGGUAUUAACGGGGAAAUAAAUACGAGAUCUUUCCUUACCCAUCUUCCCUGGACUGUGUGUUCACAUUGGCCAUAAAAAUACUGUGCAGGAACACGCCCCGUGGUCUGAGUCCCCACCGCGCUGGCUCCCAGCAGUGACGGGAGCUGGGCCAAAGCCCGGGUGCCUGGGAGGCAGCUCGGAGGCCUCCGUGGGCUGCAGUCUGCACGGGCCCAGACGCCAGGCCUGUGGUGGGCCAUGCAUGGCAGGAGUUCCUUUGCCACAGAGACUGUGGCUACCGCGCCUUCUGCCACCUGCCAAAGUAGUUGAGUUCAAAUCCUGUGCAUCUGCCCCUGUAGCUAAGUUUCUCCAAGGCAGUCCAUUUCUUUUUUUCUGACCUGAGGCAUUACAUUUGCGUUUCCAGAAGUUUCUCAGAUUCUUAAUGACUUAACACUUCACCAUGAGAAUAAAACUAGAAAUCUGUGA